CUACCUCACAACCCCCUCUUUGCACCAGUGGUUCCACCACCGGCAACGUCGCCUCCAACACCAAGAGCAACUGGAAUUCUGCUAGCUGAAAAUGGCAAGACGUUGCAGCGGCAGGAAGAGGCCACUGGAAAUGAGUUAUGAGCCAUGCGAUGAGAGGGUCCUCCUUAGGAUGCUUGGCCAGGAUGGUAAGAUGAUGCUUUUCAAAGUCAAACGAAACAAACCAUUGAAGACCCUUUUGAUGAAGUACUGUGACUACAAAAAAUUCGAUUACAGUACUGUGAACUUCUUGCACCUUGGACGCAGAGUUCUUGUGAGAAGCACCCCAGAGGAGCUUGGCAUGCGAGAUGGAGAUAUUAUUGAAGCUAUGGUGCAUGUGGACGGAGGAGGUGAUGUUAAGGAUAUCCAAAAGAUGUGGCCUGCUUAGAUCAUGAAAGAAACCAGGACAUUGUUCUGGAAAAUUUGCAUUUUGAGUUGUAAACAGGAGACUGGUUCAGGGUUCAUCCAACAGAUUUAUUUAAAUUAAGACCAUUUCUGAAUAUUUCAUCUUCAAGUCAAAAGUUCUUUUAGACUUA